AUAGACACAACAAAAGAUAAGUCUAAAGAAAACCACCAGCAACAAAAAGCGCUUGGGUAGGUUGUGAUAAGUGAGGUGGAGUGUGCGACGUUCAAGCAGCCAGACAAGCUGAAAAAUUAAAUAUUGUAAGACUUUCGAGAGCUACUUGUCAUUCAAGGCCAACUGGUUAAAACAUACGAAGAAAAAACUAAAAUGACCUCGGUGAUCAAGUAUAUGUCGCUACUGACCACCUGCUCGGUGUUUGCAGCUUUAAUCUCCAUCGUUUGGCAAGCAUUUUUGUCACUAAAGCAACUAAAUAAAAUAACUACAAUACUCACUGGGCUCCUGGCUAUAGAAAGUAGCUUAAAAAGACCACUCCAGGCGCCAAAGGUCGCAGUUGGUUACGGUGCUUGCACCGAUUUGCUGCUCCAUGCAACCGAAUUUCUAAACUAUACCAACGAUUUGGUAAAGGGUAUCGGUCCAGAAUUUACAGUGAAUGAGGUGAACGACAAGCAAGAACUAUUGCAAACGUUUGCCUACUAUUUCCAAAAUGGUGCAGCUGCAGAGCGGAUUAUGCCCAACACCGAACUUUUUCGGGAACUAAUACAGAUAGCCAAGUCUCGGCAUCGCAAUGGUAUACAAUGGUUUCUUGGCGGCAAUGCGCCUCUAAUGGGUACUCGUUUUCACUUGGAAGGAGCCAAUGUGUUGCUGGGAGCGCGAAUGUCACGGAAAUUGCGUCGACUUGUGCCAGCGGAUAUAAAAAUUGCAGGCGAUGAAAUUCCCGAGGAUGACAUCCAUCUCAUAUUGGAAUAUAAGUCGGGCGACACAUGGGGCCCGUUUAAAGCACCACGUGCCAACCGCUAUAUACUGCACAGCGAUCAAAAUAAUCCACAUUUGAACUCCGUUGAGCACUUCGACGCAGCUUUACGUAGUUUUCAACCACGUUUGCUAGUCAUUAGUGGUCUACAAAUGAUGGAUAGCUAUAGGUUUAUCCCGGGGGUGCGUGAAGCUCGUCUUCUCAAAGUCCAAGAUCAAAUCACUUCACAAGCACCAACGACAUUGCAACAUUUCGAAAUGGCAAGCUAUGUCGAAAUUGAACUAUUGCAACUUUUGCGUCAAUAUGUGCUACCCUAUGUGGACUCAUUGGGCAUGAACGAGCAAGAGCUGGAAAAUUUGCGUCAAGUACUUACACAUGGGCGCACCACACUUGCAACUGAUUGGAAUCCACGAGUUGCUACCGCACUAGAUCAAAUGCGUUCCGUAUUUCAAAUAUUGGCACAAGAUUACUUCAGAAAUGUUACUGGCUUGUCGCAUAGACGCCUAUUGACGCGCAUACACGUGCACACUCUAGCCUACCAAGCACUGCUGACCGUACGUGAUUCACGGUGGGAACGAACACAACUAGCUGCGGCCAAAGCAGCGCUUACUGCUCACCGACAUGUUUGCCAAACAGAUAUGAUCAAUCCUGAAGCCGCAUCACUAGUCUUAGAUGACAGUUUUGCUACUACAGCAAAGGACAAGGAUGCUGCUAGGCGCAUACAGUUCAGUCCACAACAACCUGUGCCAUGCUGGAAUGAAACAAUUGCUGUCAAUCAGCAAAAAUCAUUACCCAUCGAAAUCUGUGUAGCACCAGUGUUAGUGUGCCGUGUCGCUAAGAAAACUGCUGGUGCUGGUGAUAAUAUAUCAGCCGCUGCUCUGUCCCAGCAAUUAUAAAUUAAUGAAAAGUAAUGAAUUACAUAUAACGAGUGCCCUCACCAACCGACUGCUGUAACCCAGAGUGACCUUAUAAACAUGAUCAUCCUGUGACCUUUAGAGGAGAGACUACAUAAAAAAAACAUUCCUUUUGUACUCCUCUAUGCAAACAUUCCUGUAUGGCCAAUUUUGACCUAUUAUAUAAUUGUUCCUUUAUGUUAUUUGAUGUAAACUAAAAAUUCGAAACGCUGCUAUUUCCAAAAACUCCAAAAAGUUGAGUUGCAAUAUAGGCAAUAUUUGAAUUUGGUUACCUACUGUAGCCCU